CACAGAAAGAAAGAAAGAGGUACCCCAUUCCGUGAAGAAUGGCGAGUGGGCUAUCGAUUGUUACGUUUCCUCAGUUUGCUUCUCAGGUUGAGCCAAAUAAGUUCCCUACUUCAAGUAUCAGCAUUUCUCAAUCUUCUUUUCGUGGGUUAUUUAUCAGAAGUCGCGGAACCUCUAGGAAUCAAUCCUCAUGCCGCUGCAACUUCAAUGAUCUUGGCGACAAACGAACAGAGAGAAGAAGCGGAAUCCAGCUCUAUCGUGAUAUUGAGAGACUUCUUACGGAGAGUGUCAAACAACAGUCUCAAUAUUCUAGGGCUAGCUCAGGAGACUGGACUGAAGUUGAGGGAGCAUGGGUUGUCAAGCCAAGGAAUUCCCAGCCUAAUUCAAUUGCACAUUUUGUUGGUGGUGUAUUUGUUGGAGCUGCCCCUCAGCUUACAUACCGUUUGUUUCUUGAGCGCCUUGCAGAAAAGGGUAUUUUGGUAAUUGCAACGCCUUAUGCUAGUGGAUUUGAUCACUCCUAUAUAGCAGAUGAAGCUCAGUUUAAAUUUGAUAGAUGUCUCCGGUCCCUACAGGAAUCAGUACAAGACCUUCCUUCGUUUGGGAUUGGUCAUUCUUUAGGAUCUGUCAUUCAUCUUUUGAUUGGCUCAAGAUAUGCCCUGAAAAGAAAUGGAAAUAUACUAAUGGCAUUCAAUAACAAGGAAGCGAGCUCUGCAAUCCCGUUACUUUCACCUGUAUUAGUCCCAAUGGCUCAAAGCAUUGGACCCCUUUUGUCACAAAUUUCUUCAUCACCAACUGUCCGCUUAGGGGCUGAAAUGACUCUUAAGCAGUUGGAGAAUCUUAGUCCCUCCAUAGCAAAGCAAGUGCGUCCACUGGUUGAACAACUUCCUCCAUUGUACUUGGACUUGGUAAACGGGAAGGAAAAUUUCAGUCCUGAGCCAGAAGAAACUCGAAGACUAGUUAGGUCAUACUAUGGGAUUUAUAGGAAUCUUUUAGUGCAGUUCAAAGAUGACACGAUUGAUGAAACUCCAACAUUAGCUGAAUUGCUUAGGUCCAGGUCUGCCGUUAGCUCAAUGCUAGACAUGUCGGUUAGCAUGUUGCCCGGGGAUCAUGGUCUUCCUCUACAACAGGCUCUUCCAGACGUUCCUCCUGCAAUGUUGGAUGCAGUUAACCGGGGAAGUGAUUUUUUAGCAAAUUUGACGGUUGGAAUGCCAUGGGAGAAUGUUGCAAAAGAAGCUGCAAGUACAUUGGGUAUUGACACUUGGAAAGACUUAGACUUGCUAGUGGAUGCCAUCUCUUCUUGGAUAGCUUCUAAUGCCUCUGGUCCACGACUUUUGAGGUCGUGAUUCGGUGCUCGAACAGAAACAGGUGAAAUGCAAAUAUGCAAUUCUUCUUAUCAUUGUGAAUAAGAAAAUUUAAGUUUAUUGAAUAUGCAAUCGAGUAACAUGAUAUCAUUGAAGAAAUCUUUCACAAGUUAUAUACAAAUGUUAAUGAAUGCAAUGAGUUUGGUUUGAAGGGA